UCGGAGACCGGGAGGGUUACUCACAGAACGGUUUCGAGGCGCGUUUUCGCUUAUUUUUCGUGUUGGUGGAGAAAAGGGGGAGCUAUUUUCACUUUUCUCACCAUCUUUCAUUAAAAUCUGUGAGUCUUAAUCUAGCCCAGCCCCAGCCUUUUUGUCUGUGUGAUUCAAGUAACCGGCUUCCUGUGUUUCUCUCUCUCACAGACUGAGUGAGCGAGGAGGAGAAGGAAAGGAGAGAUAGAGAGCCGCCAGCUGCCACCUCAACAUGGUCUAGCUGUGUUUCUCAAAACAGCAAGAAACAUAUGAGAAAUCUGCGUGAAACCGUAAACAAAGCGUCACCAAUGAAGAGAUACAGUAUUGCAGCGAUACGAUCCGUGUGAAGGAAGAAGGAUAGACAUUGCAAUUUGUAUUUAUUAUUUAAAAGAUGGCGAACGACUCUCCAGCUAAAAGUCUGGUGGACAUAGAUCUCUCCUCUCUGCGGGAUCCUGCCGGCAUUUUUGAGCUAGUGGAAGUAGUUGGAAAUGGCACCUAUGGACAAGUAUACAAGGGACGACAUGUCAAAACAGGCCAGCUUGCAGCCAUCAAGGUUAUGGAUGUUACCGAGGAUGAAGAGGAGGAAAUUAAACUGGAGAUUAAUAUGCUUAAAAAAUACUCUCACCACAGAAACAUUGCCACUUACUAUGGAGCUUUCAUAAAGAAAAGUCCUCCAGGACACGAUGACCAGCUGUGGCUUGUCAUGGAAUUCUGUGGGGCAGGUUCCAUCACAGACCUGGUGAAGAACACAAAGGGAAACACCCUGAAGGAAGACUGGAUCGCAUACAUCUCCAGAGAGAUCCUCCGGGGAUUGACACAUCUUCAUGCCCACCAUGUGAUUCACCGUGACAUCAAAGGCCAGAAUGUUUUGCUGACAGAAAAUGCAGAAGUGAAGCUGGUGGAUUUUGGUGUGAGUGCUCAGCUGGACAGGACUGUGGGGAGGAGGAAUACGUUUAUUGGGACACCAUACUGGAUGGCUCCUGAGGUCAUUGCCUGUGAUGAAAACCCAGAUGCAACCUAUGACUAUAGAAGCGACUUAUGGUCCUGUGGGAUCACAGCUAUUGAAAUGGCAGAGGGAGCUCCUCCCCUUUGUGACAUGCAUCCCAUGAGAGCACUUUUCCUUAUUCCCAGGAAUCCUCCACCAAGACUUAAAUCGAAGAAGUGGUCCAAGAAGUUCUUCAGUUUCAUAGAGGGCUGCUUAGUAAAGAACUACACACAGCGUCCUCCAACGGAGCAACUGCUGAAACACCCCUUCAUCCGAGACCAGCCCAACGAGAGGCAGGUCCGGAUCCAGCUCAAAGACCACAUCGACAGGACCAGGAAGAAGAGAGGAGAGAAAGAUGAAACAGAGUAUGAAUACAGUGGGAGUGAAGAAGAGGAGGAGGAGGUUCCUGAACAGGAAGGAGAGCCAAGCUCCAUCGUGAAUGUCCCGGGUGAAUCGACGCUGAGGCGGGACUUCCUGCGGUUGCAGCAGGAGAACAAGGAGCGCUCUGAGGCCCUGAGGAGACAGCAGCUCCUCCAGGAGCAGCAACUGCGUGAGCAGGAGGAGUACAAGCGGCAGCUGCUGGCCGAGCGGCAGAAACGUAUCGAGCAGCAGAAGGAGCAGAGGAGACGGCUUGAGGAGCAACAAAGGUGUGAGCGAGAGGUUCGGCGGCAACAGGAGCGGGAACAGAGACGGCGGGAGCAGGAAGAGAAGCGCCGAGUGGAAGAGCUGGAACGCAGGCGCAAGGAGGAGGAGGAGCGCAGGAGAGCGGAGGAGGAGAAGAGGAGGGUCGAGAGAGAGCAGGAGUACAUCAGGCGACAGCUGGAGGAGGAACAGCGGCACUUGGAAAUUCUUCAGCAGCAGCUGCUCCAUGAGCAGGCCAUGUUACUGGAGUACAAAUGGCGGGAGAUGGAAGAGCAGCGUCAGGCAGAGAGACUGCAACGUCAGUUACAGCAGGAGCAGGCCUACCUUCUUUCACUGCAGCACGACCAUAGGCAGCAGCAACCAUACCAGCCCGCAGAGCUGAAACCCCAGCCCCAUGAACCAGCAGAGCGAGCGAGAGAGGCUGACGAAAGGUUUCGAAAGACUAUUCAGGGCUCGCCUCAAUCGCAAUCAAAACAGCCUAGCAAAGUGUUGGAGCCCCCAGUGCCUUCCCGAUCAGAGUCUUUCUCAAAUGGCAACUCUGAGCCUGCCCCAUCGGCAAUGCACAGGCCAAUGGAACCACAGGUACAGUGGUCCCACCUGGCAUCACUCAAGAAUAGCGCUUCCCCCGUGUCUCGAUCCCAUUCCUUCAGCGACCCUUCUCCUAUUUUUGCACAUCUCCAUCUUCGCUCUCAGGACCCAUGUCCACCUUCACGUAAUGACAAGCAGCAAAGCUCUGAGCCUAGGUCCGACAUGCCUGACCCCAGCCAAAAGGAUAGAUACCCAGGGGUCUGGUCUGGAGCAGACAGUGAGGAGGUGCCUCCCAGGGUUCCUGUGAGGACCACAUCCAGGUCUCCAGUGCUGUCCCGUCGAGACUCUCCACUGCAGGGGAGCGGUCAGCCCAGCAACCAGGCUGGCCAAAGGAACUCCACAAGCAAUAUUGAGCCCAGGCUGCUGUGGGAGCGAGUGGAGAAGCUGGUGCCCAGACCUGGCAGUGGCAGCUCCUCAGGAUCCAGUAAUUCAGGCUCCCAGCCGGGAUCUCAGAGCGGCUCUGGGGAGCGGUUUCGCGUCAGAUCAUCUUCAAAAUCAGAGGGUUCCCCAUCACAAAGACAAGAACAUGCCUCUAAAAAGCCUGAAGAGAAAAAGGAUGUUUUCAGACCAAGCAGGCCAGCUGACCUUGCAGCUCUGGCCAAGGAGCUGCGUGCAGUUGAAGACCCUCGGCCUCCUCAUAAAGUGACAGACUACUCCUCCUCCAGUGAAGAAUCAGGGACCACCGAUGAGGAGGAUGAUGACUUGGAGCAAGAGGGAGCAGACGAGUCCACCUCUGGUCCAGAUGACUCCAGGGCAACAUCGUCUAAAUUGAGUAAUGGCGAAACUGAAUCGGUAAAGACAAUGAUUGUUCACGACGAUGUCGAGAGUGAUCCUGCUAUGACUCCCUCCAAGGAUGGCACUUUAAUUGUCCUGGAGAGCGCAGGUGACAAAAAGCGUCCCAGCCAUCCCGAGAGCAAUGGCUUUGCCGGUCGCAUUCACCUCUUGCCAGAUCUGAUUCAGCAAAGCCAUUCCUCCUCCUCCACCUCCUCCCCAUCCUCCAGCCAGCCGACUCCCUCCAUGUCCCCUCAGACUCCCCAGGACAAGCUUACUGCUAACGAGACCCAGUCAGUUAGUAGCACACUACAGAAACACAAAUCCUCCUCCUCAUUUACACCCUUUAUUGAUCCACGGCUGCUGCAGAUUUCUCCAUCCAGUGGAAUGACUCUAACAUCUGUGGUAGGAUUUGAACCUAUAAGGCCGGAUGCUCUGAGACAGGAUCCUACAAGGAAGGGGUCAGUGGUUAAUGUGAAUCCAACCAACACUCGACCUCAGAGUGACACCCCAGAAAUCCGCAAAUACAAGAAGAGGUUCAACUCGGAGAUCCUGUGUGCUGCAUUAUGGGGUGUCAAUCUGUUAGUAGGUACUGAAAGUGGCCUGAUGCUGCUGGACAGGAGUGGGCAAGGGAAAGUGUAUCCAUUGAUUGGCAGGAGGCGCUUUCAACAGAUGGACGUGCUUGAAGGCUUGAAUGUCCUGGUGACAAUAUCAGGCAAGAAGAACAAACUGCGAGUGUAUUACCUUUCCUGGUUAAGGAACAAGAUUUUGCAUAAUGAUCCUGAAGUGGAAAAGAAGCAGGGUUGGACAACAGUUGGUGAUUUGGAAGGCUGUGUGCACUAUAACGUUGUAAAAUAUGAGCGAAUCAAGUUCUUAGUGAUUGCUCUAAAGAAUUCUGUGGAAGUCUAUGCAUGGGCCCCAAAGCCAUACCACAAAUUUAUGGCCUUUAAGUCUUUUGGAGAAUUGAUACACAGGCCACUGUUGGUGGAUCUGACGGUUGAAGAAGGGCAGAGAUUAAAAGUGAUCUAUGGCUCCAGUGCUGGCUUCCAUGCUGUCGAUGUGGACUCAGGGACGGUUUAUGACAUCUACCUGCCAACACAUAUCCAGAGUAGCAUUCAGCCACAUGCUGUCAUCAUCUUGCCCAACACUGAUGGAAUUGAACUGCUGGUGUGUUAUGAGGAUGAAGGAGUCUAUGUGAACACUUACGGAAGGAUCACCAAAGAUGUGGUUCUGCAGUGGGGAGAGAUGCCAACCUCUGUUGCAUACAUCCGAUCCAAUCAGAUCAUGGGCUGGGGAGAGAAGGCCAUUGAGAUUCGUUCAGUAGAGACCGGCCACUUGGAUGGUGUUUUCAUGCACAAACGGGCACAAAGGUUAAAGUUUCUCUGUGAAAGGAAUGACAAGGUCUUCUUUGCCUCUGUGCGUUCUGGUGGGUCUAGCCAGGUUUACUUCAUGACUCUUGGCAGAAGCUCCCUUCUCAGCUGGUAGAAGAUGAAAAACAGAUUGAACAAAAUGGACAACCAGUCUUAAGAUCUGAAAAUAAAAAAAACACAAAAAACAACCUUGAACUAAUCUACAACUGGAGAACAACCUGCACUGAGGCCAGGCAUUCUCUGCAGCUGUCACUUGGUGAUAAUAGAUUUUAGAAUAAAUUAAAACAUAAAGGCUGUUAGGCCCUUGGUGCUGUUAGAAAAUGACUGUCAGAUGCCAAAAGCACUGUGGCUCUGACACAUUAGCCAGCAACACCUCAUCUCAGUUGCAGAUUUCCUUGGCUUCAGACGACUCUACUUUGUUGAUUUGAGAAAACAAGAGCCCUAUCAUGAGUAAUGUAGUUGGAUAAACAUUAGACACGCAAGUGCAAGCAGGGGAGGGUGUCUGUUGUGGUAAAGAGGGAUACAAUCUAAAGUAUUAAUACUAUAGCGUAUUUAAAUGUGUGUUAUCUUUGGUAGUGCGGCAAUGCAAAGACCGGAUGAAGGUAGAGGUUUUAGUGUUUUUAUAUAUAAAACAAAUAAAAAGGCAAAAAGGAGGUGUUAAGCAUCAAAAGUGAAAGGGGGAUAGUUGGUCUUUUUCUGUGCAUCAGGUUGUGCCUGAAUGCUGAGGAGUGGAAUCAGGUUGUUCGCAUAAGUUCUGUGUUGGGCCGGGAUGGGGUUACAUCACAGGGCAAAGAUCCUGCUUUAUUUUAAGGACUGACUUUUUUUUCUUUUUUUUUUCCCCACAAAGUGCAACUUACUUUUUUUUUUUUUAAGAAAAGGUUUCCCAGACUGCAGUUUAUUUUUGAUUAUUAUUAUAAUUAUUAUUUGUGUGCCUACCUCAUUGUUGAAAUCCACGACUUAAGAGGUGGUUUAAUGUUUUGUAUCUAAAGAAGAAGAAAAAAAACAGUCUCUUAAAUGUUUUUCAAACCAAAUUCUGAACAUGUUUGAGUGUUAUAAAGGAAGGGGCUGACACAGUCAAACCAACGGACCAUUGUAAUGUUGAAUACCCAAAGGCACUGAUGGCAGAAACUGACAAGAUACUUGCAUUUAUUUUUAUGAAUGGGGAAACAUAUAAUGGCAAAUAUUGUACUUGGUUAUGUGUAGCUAAUAAAGAGGAAACUGAUUUUUAAUCUGCUAAAUCUGAAUUUUGUAGCAUACAGGUAACUGUACUAGGCUUCUAAACUAUGUGUAGUAGAAAUCCAGUGGUUGUCUUUUCAAUGAAUGCAAUGCACUAAAUCUCAAGAAUGUAGUGAAAUACUGCUUCUCAGUAAAUGGCAUAACAUUUCCCUUUUUAGAUGCAAGAUCCCAGUCCAGAAGCAUUUUUUAAAUACAAGUGGAACAGUUUUGUUUUGCAAAAUUGUUAACAUUUAUAAUUGUGUGUCUGCAGAUUCUAUGUUGUUUUAACUGUCUGUUAAUUUCUUGAGAGACCUAAAGUGUGUCAUACUUAGGUGAUGUAACAAUACAAAUGAUCCUACCAUAGGUUCCUUUUCAGGUACUGUGUCAACAGCUGCCUUAAGCUGUUCAUUCUGUGAACAGUAUCUCAGUGUUUCUAUAGGGCUUAGUCAAUCAAAAUAUUAUGAGAACAGCAUGACAUGCAGGACUUUUAUAAUUAUUUAACUUGUUCAAAUGGUAGGUCAUAUAAAUAACUUAUAAAGAUUAAGCAUAACUGGUUCCCCACCUCAUAAAAUCUAUUUAAAUAACAUCUAUCUAGAUUGUGAAAUACUACUCAAAAUGCAUCUUUUGAAGAUGUGUUGUGUUGGAAGCCCUAAAUGAAGAGGCUAGAACCCACCCAACCACACCUAAAGAAAAAAUAACAGGGAAAGGUGUACUUCAACAAGCUUGCACUGCCCGUCUUCAGAUUGCAGUAACAACAUUAGGGUUCUUUUUUUUUUGGUUUUGCUUUUGUUUUUAAGCACCGAGGCAGAGGACUUCUUGCAAAUGCUAAAAUUAAGGAAACCAAGAUAUUUGUGAUAUGAAAAAGGGACUUGAUUGUCAAAGACCUAAAACCAUUAACCAAACAGAUUUUUUUUAUGUUGUUGGCACUGCACUUGCAGUCACACAAAGUAAUUGAACCAGUUUCCUGUAUGCGAAAAACUUUUUUGUACAAUAGAUGUGUAUAAGGUCUUAAUGGUUUAGUCCCUACAACAAUCCUCUCUCUCUCUCUCUCUCUCUCUCUCUCUCUCUCUCUCUCUCUCUCUCUCUCUCUCUCAUAUAUAUUUUAUUCCUGGUUAUUAAAAUAAGGCCUUUCUGAGAAGUCUAAUUUACCAUUAGCAGAAAGCUGUUGAAGUUUAAAGUACAGACCAUGUUCUCAGCAGAGUGUGUGACUAGCAGCUCCCACUGUAAGAGUUACAUGUUUAACAGUAUUACAAAACCACUACACAGAAAAGAGAAAUAAUUCGAAGAACUCUCUUUAAGCAUCAUUGCUUUUAUAUUUAGUUAAGGAGCUUAAUGAUAAUUCAUUUUUAUUUCUGUAUUUUAAGUAACCCUAAUUAUGACAAGUGUUUUUAAUCUUAUGCACAUGUUCUGUUGAGAAGAUGUUUACAAAAACAAUGUUUUGUUACACUAAUGUGCAUCACGUAUUUAUGGUUUAUUUGAAAGCAACUUUGUGUUUUGUAUUAUUUUAAGUACACUUUUUUGUGAUUUAUAACCCUAAACUCUGCUGAUUUUAAAGAUGAUACAAAAUUAAUUACUAAUUAUCUAGCUGCAAAGCAGACCAGUUACAGGUAAAUGUUUUCAUCCGUUGUUUCUGCCACGCUUAUGUCUUCUGUGUAUUAAGGAAAUUCCUGUAUUUUCCUGAAGGUCAUUUUUUUUCUUGAAUAAACUCGAAGUAAUACACCUUUUUUGUUUUUUUUUUUCAUUUGUUUUAGAUUUUAAAUCGGUGUGUUUUGGAAGUAUCAUUUCUCUACAUUCUUGAGGUUAAUUUCCCCCAUUAGAAACUAUUGGUAGCAAGAAUCUGCACCUGUAAUGUCAUUGACAAGAACAUCAACACAUUGACCAUCCUAUUCAAGUAACAACUGUGGGUGCCAAACAUACAGUACCUGCACUGCCUUGACCUUGAUUGAUCAGUUUAAACAGAACAAGAUUUUUUCUGACAUGUACUAAUGUGAUCUUUUCCUUUACAAGUAUGAAAUCUAACCAUUACCGCAUGGGUAUUUACCUCCUAAAGACCCCAAACCUGAUAUUGAUAUAUACCAAAGCUGCUCAACGAGCCUGUGACAGUUAUAGCCCUGCCCCCGAGGGCACAAAAAGACUGCGUUCGCAGAUCUCCGUGCCAUUUUUCUUUUCAAGAGUGACCCGAUCGUAGAUCCUGGGGCCCGUUUCACAGAAGUCCUGCGAUUGCGAUGAGGUUGCAAGUAUGCAGAGGUCGGCACUGUGUGCAUUUCAUGUAGCACUUCUCAAGUGCAGCCGCAUGUGACCAAUUUGGUAAAUGCACAAUGGCAGAGUUGCAAAGGAAGGCUAAGUUUUUGUUUUUUUUUUUUUUUCAAGGAAAAAAAUUAUUGAAAUGGCUGGUCGACACAUCCGUUCUGUUUUGGCAAGUUAUCUGGAAGUUUGUCACGAAGAAAAAAAAAAAAGUUGCGAUGAUCACUGAUGCAGUAAACACUGUUGGGGAGGAGCAAAAAAAUGUAGCUGAAAUAAAGAUGGAUAGAUCUAGCGAUCAGAACGAAAUUUAAAAGGAAAAAGCUUUAAAAUUAAUUGAGAAAAACCAAAAUCCCUCAAUGUGUUGACAGAAACCUGGAGCUGUGUAGAAGUGACAGGCUAUACUUUGAAGUUCCAUACAUACAUACAUACAUAAGGAAAGCCCUUCAGCUGUGUUUAUAUAUAUAUAUAUAUAUAUAUAUAUAUAUAUAUAUAUAUAUAUAUAUAUAUAUAUAUAUAUAUAUAUAUAUAUAAACGCUUUCUACACCACUGAAAAGGGGCUUUUGACCGAACUGUAUGUAGCCAGCUAAGCGCACUCGCUACCUUUUAUUAGUCUAUUAAGGGGCAUACCUGAUAAUCAAGCUGUGUUUAGCCUCAUUAUUUAACUUUGUGGGGCUUUGUUAUUCCUUUGGUGAACUGUAGCUGAGGUGAAUUGAUGAAAAAGUGCUUUUUGUUUCCCUGAUUUGGGGUUCUGGCAGGUUUCAUUUAGAUAGUCUUUAUCCAGUAAGGAGACGCUUGUCACUUUUUGUCACUGGAGUUUGGUCCAUUUUAUUUAUUUGUAUCAUGUUUGUGUUAUUUAACUUUAUUCUACACAUUUAAUUUUGUUGUUGUUCACAGAAUAAUUGCUGCAAGGCAAUCUGCCCAAUAACGCUGUUAUCAUACUGAAUAAAUCUGUACUUUUGGUAUAUGAUUGUAUUUAGUAAAUAAACUGUUUGUUUUUACAACUUGA